UUCACCGUGAAGGUUAGGCGGGCUCUUGCUGUUGGACUGAGAACAUCAGUUCAAAACGUUCUUCUUUCUGCUGGAUAUUUUUUAUCCUCUUUCAGCGAUGACGACAAAGAAGCAGUUUGGAUGGCGAAAGCUAUUUCUGAUACUCACAGUACUUCCCUGCUGCAGGAGUUUGCAGGUUUCUAUUCCAGAGAAAGAAUAUGAGGUUGCAAGAGGAGGUGAUAUUAUUUUGACCUGUUCCUUCAUCCCAGCGAGACCAAUCACCAACGCACUCGUCCUCACAUGGGAAUCUUCCCCUGACACUGUUGGUGAUCCAAUGAACAUAGUGGCCACCUACUUUAUAAACAAUCCGAUUGACAUUGCACCUAACUAUGAGGGCAGAGCCUCUAUGGAGGUUGACAUCGACAGACAAGUGAGCACGCUGCGCUUAACCAAGGUGACCAUGCAGGACAGCCGCAAUUACCAAUGCAGUGUCUUGAUCCCCAAUGAUGAUGAGGGAACAACAGCUGCCGCCACCUCCCUUUUGGUCCUGGUGCCUCCCUCUCCACCGAUCUGCAGCAUUCAAGGAGCAGCAGAGUACUGGCACAACAUCACCCUCACCUGCAUGUCUGAGGAGGGUUCCCCAAAACCCCUAUAUCAAUGGAGGACCGACAAUGUUGACAACACUCCCAGAGAAUUACCACCCAGGACAACCGAAAAGGAAGGAAGGCUAUCUCUCGUCAAUAUUUCAAGAGAGACGUCUGGGUUCUUCAUUUGCAUGUCAACAAAUCGAAUUGGUUCUGCCAGCUGCAACUUGACUUUAGCUGUGACGCCCGGUGGCAUGAACGUUGGGUCCACUGCAGCUAUAAUUGGAGGAGUCCUCGCAGGUGUCGUGCUGCUGGGGAUUCUCAUCUACUGUUGCUGGAAGAAAAAAGGCAAAAAGGACAAGUAUGCUGAAGGUUCCCCCGGUGAAGCAGAGUAUUAUGACAGAGAUGCUCCUGAAGCUGGAGAGCAGUACCGGGAUGACAAGUCAAACAGCGAGACGAAACAGGCCAACCAGCAUGAAGACAAAGACAUUGUUCCUCAAAACAAUUACGUAGAAGGAUCCGCACACAAGUUUGAGGAUGAUCAGCAGAGUUAUAUUAGCGGUAAAGAAAAGCAUGAUGGCAAAGGCAGUGAUGUUGACUCACAACGUUACCAGGACGACCAGCACGAUCGCCAUCGUGGAAGUCGCGAUCGCCUUGACGAUGAACGUGAACGUUACGGUGGCAGUCGUGAUCGUCUUGAUGAUAAACGUAACCAUUACAGUGGAAGCCGUGACAGGCUGGACGAUCAGCGUGAUCGCCACGGAGGCAGUCGUGAUCGCCUUGACGAUCAGCGCGAUCGCCACGGAGGCAGUCGUGAUCGCCUUGACGAUCAACGCGAUCGUAGCGGAGGCAGUCGGGAUCGUCUUGACGAUCAACGCGAUCGCUACGGAGGCAGUAGGGAUCGACUUGAUGAUCAGCGCGAUCGUUACGGAGGCAGUCGGGAUCGCCUUGAUGACCGGCGCGAUCGUUCUGGCGGAAGCCGCGAUCGUCUCGAUUACGCUGACGAUCAAUACAGAAACAAGUAUUAAUAACCUUGUGUUACUGAAUGUAUGAAUAUAUAUAUAUAUAACAUAUAUUAUAUAUGUACUAAAAACAUUUUACUAGGUUUACGAAUUGGCUCAAAGCCCUUUCAGACACAAUGCGAUUUGAGCUGACUAGGGGUUCAGCGAAGUCAUGGAGGACAGACGCGCUCGUGAUUUGCUCGACGCAGC